CCCUCCCCCUGCAAAAUUAAUUCCCCUUUCUGGGUCCAAUUUCAGAAUGCCGAACUGGGGAGGAGGCAAGAAGUGUGGGGUGUGCCAGAAGACCGUGUACUUCGCGGAAGAGGUUCAGUGCGAAGGCAGCAGCUUCCACAAAUCCUGCUUCCUGUGCAUGGUCUGCAAGAAGAAUCUGGACAGCACCACCGUGGCCGUGCAUGGCGAGGAGAUCUACUGCAAGUCCUGCUACGGCAAGAAGUAUGGCCCCAAGGGCUACGGCUACGGGCAGGGCGCUGGCACGCUGAGCAUGGACCGGGGGGAGUCGCUGGGCAUCAAGCAGGAGGAGGCCCCUGGACACAGGCCCACCACCAACCCCAACGCGUCCAAGUUUGCCCAGAAGAUCGGCGGCUCCGAGCGCUGCCCUCGGUGCAGCCAGGCCGUGUACGCGGCAGAGAAGGUGAUUGGAGCCGGGAAGUCCUGGCACAAGUCCUGCUUCCGGUGCGCCAAGUGCGGCAAAGGCCUGGAGUCCACCACCCUGGCCGACAAGGACGGCGACAUCUACUGCAAAGGAUGCUAUGCCAAAAACUUCGGGCCCAAGGGCUUUGGCUUCGGGCAGGGGGCCGGGGCCCUGGUCCACUCCGAGUGAGCCCGCCCGCUGCGCUGCCCCGGCCUGCGCUUCUCACCACAGCCCCCUUCCUGGCAGCCCCGCCACCUCCAGGAUUCUUCCUCCCUUCAGUGCUGCACAUGUCACCAAGGACUUGAACUUCGGCGUCUGGCUCCCUUUGGUUUGGGGUCUGCUGGAGGCCCCGCCCUGCAAGGAGCUCCCCCUGGACCAGCAGGUGGCCUCAGGGCUUUGGUCUCUGGGCACCCCUGCCCCGCCCCGCAGACCCCUGUCCUGUCUUUUAGUCCGAGUAUCCAUCAUCAGUGGAGCAGACACCGUGGGAGGGGAGCAAGACCGGGGAGGGCUGUGCCCAUGGUGGGGAGACGGGGACGUCCUGGUUCCCUCAGAGCAGGCCUAGGGAGUCCCAGCUCGGGAGUCACUGGGGGACACGCAGACGGACACCAACUGCAGGGACCACCUGCCCCGCUUGGCCUCUUGCCUUUGAGACUGGGGAACCCAUGUCCCCACUCUCGGGCAGGGGACCAACCCGGGUCUGAGAGCCCGAGGUAAGGAUGUGGUCCUGCCUCCCCGGGCAUCGCACUCCCUGUUUGAUGGAGGCCCUAAUGAUAUACACGCCGCCCAUUCAGGAGCCUAGAUCUGAGGGCGUGUAACCCCUGGGUUCUGAGGCUGUGGGGCAGCGCUCAGUCCUUGACACGCUGGCUUGAUGCUCAGAUGUGGGGGGAGACACAUGCAGCCUGUCUUCACCUGGACACCCCUUCCCCCUGCCUGCCCAGGGCCCUGCCUGCCACCCACCCUCCUCUAGGUCCCCUCUGGCCACACCGCCCCAUCCCUACCCCACCCCCAGGUCAGGAGCAGCUAGAGACAGGGAGGGGCCAGGCUCCACUGUCCCCAGGGCUGGGAUCACACUGUGUGGGGCUGCUGCUUGGACUGGGGGUUCUAGAGGGCAGACGACGCAAGCUGAUUCCUCACUGAGUCAAUAAAGCCAUUAGAACAGA